GAGCCGGGCCGCUCGCUCCGCUCCCGCUCAGCUCGGCUCGGCUCGGCUCGGCCGCGGGGCGCGCAGGCGGCGGCUGGGGCUGCUCGGUCCGCGCCUCCCGCCUUCCCGCCGCCGCCGCCGCCGCCCGGACGCGAGGCUCGGGCCCGGAGAGCGAGCGCGGAGCCCCGGCGCCGGGAGGGGCUGCGGCCGGUGGGCAGCGGCGCGCGGGGAGGGGCCGCAGCAUCCUCUCCCCCCGCGGCGCCCGGGUCGGGAGCGGAGGAGGCCGGGCUCCGAGCCGCCCGCCGCGCAGCGCGCCGCCGAGGGGCGCAGACCCGACACAGCCCUGAUCCCCUUUGCUGUGCUGAGAGACAGGAUCUGAGCUACCUCCCGGCCUGAGAAAAGAUGGCCCCACUCCAGGGUGUCCAGCUCAGGUGAGGGGCGAUGGCAGACAGGACGUGACCCGCACGGACCCUUCUCUACACACCGAGUGGCACCACCAUGCAGAAGCCCAGCGGCCUGAAGCCCCCCGGCCGUGGGGGGAAGCACUCGAGCCCCGUGGGCCGGACGUCCACUGGGUCGGCCUCCGUGUCUGCGGCGGCGGCCACCAGCUCCAAGGAAGGCUCCCCGCUGCACAAGCAGGCCUCCGGCCCGGUUACCGCCGCCGCCGCCGCCGCCCCCGCCCCCGCCGAGAAGCCGGGCCCCAAGGCGGCCGAGGUGGGCGAUGACUUCCUGGGGGACUUCGCGGUGGGCGAGCGGGUGUGGGUGAACGGCGUGAAGCCCGGCGUGGUGCAGUACCUGGGCGAGACGCAGUUCGCGCCGGGCCAGUGGGCCGGCGUGGUGCUGGACGAGCCGGUGGGCAAGAACGACGGCGCGGUGGGCGGCGUGCGCUAUUUCGAGUGCCCGGCCCUGCAGGGCAUCUUCACGCGGCCCUCCAAGCUCACCCGGCAGCCCACGGCCGAGGGCUCGGGCAGCGACGCGCACUCGGUGGAGUCGCUCACCGCCCAGAACCUGUCGCUGCACUCGGGCACGGCCACGCCACCGCUCAGCAGCCGGGUCAUCCCGCUGCGGGAGAGCGUCCUCAACAGCUCGGUCAAGACCGGGAACGAAUCCGGCUCCAACCUCUCGGACAGCGGUUCCGUGAAGCGUGGUGACAAGGACCUGCGCCUGGGAGACCGCGUGCUGGUUGGCGGGACGAAGACUGGCGUGGUGCGGUACGUGGGGGAGACAGACUUUGCCAAGGGCGAGUGGUGCGGCGUGGAGCUGGACGAGCCCCUUGGGAAGAAUGAUGGGGCGGUGGCGGGCACCAGGUACUUCCAGUGCCCACCCAAGUUUGGUCUCUUCGCGCCCAUCCACAAGGUAAUCCGCAUCGGCUUCCCGUCCACCAGCCCGGCCAAGGCCAAGAAGACCAAGCGCAUGGCCAUGGGUGUCUCGGCACUGACCCACAGCCCCAGCAGUUCCUCUAUCAGCUCCGUCAGCUCUGUGGCCUCCUCCGUGGGGGGCCGGCCCAGCCGCAGCGGACUGCUCACGGAGACCUCCUCGCGCUAUGCCCGCAAGAUUUCGGGCACGACUGCCCUGCAAGAGGCGUUAAAGGAAAAGCAGCAACACAUCGAGCAGCUGCUGGCUGAGCGGGACCUGGAGCGGGCCGAGGUGGCCAAGGCCACGAGCCACAUCUGCGAAGUGGAGAAGGCAAUCGCCCUGCUUAAGGCGCAGCACGAGCAGUAUGUUACAGAAGCUGAGGAGAAGCUGCAGCGGGCCCGGCUGCUGGUGGAGAGCGUGCGGAAGGAGAAGGUAGACCUGUCCAACCAGCUGGAGGAGGAGAGGAGCCGGCUCAGCCCCCUCUCCCCCUGCAGGAAGGUGGAGGACUUGCAGUUCCGAGUGGAGGAGGAGUCCAUCACCAAGGGAGACCUGGAGACCCAGACGCAGCUGGAGCACGCACGCAUCGGGGAGCUGGAGCAGAGCCUGCUACUGGAGAAGGCGCAGGCCGAGCGGCUCCUCCGAGAAUUAGCGGACAACAGGCUGACCACGGUGGCCGAGAAGUCGCGUGUGCUGCAGCUGGAGGAGGAACUGCACCUUCGGCGUGGCGAGAUCGAGGAGUUGCAGCAGUGCCUGCUGCACUCGGGCCCCCCGCCCGCCGAGCACCCCGAGGCCGCCGAGACCCUGCGGCUGCGGGAGCGGCUGCUGACGGCCAGCAAGGAGCGCCAGAGGGAGAGCGGCGCGCUGCGGGACAAGUACGAGAAGGCGCUGCGGGCCUACCAGGCGGAGGUGGAGAAGCUCCGGGCGGCCAACGAGAAGUACGCCCAGGAGGUGGUGGACCUCAAGGCCAAGGUCCAGCAGGCCACCAGCGAGAACAUGGGGCUCAUGGACAACUGGAAGUCCAAGCUGGACUCGCUGGCCUCGGACCACCAGAAGUCCCUGGAGGACCUCAAGGCCACCCUGAACUCGGGCCCGGGUGCCCAGCAGAAGGAGAUCGGGGAGCUGAAGGCCGUGAUGGAGGGCAUCAAGAUGGAGCACCAGCUGGAGCUGGGCAACCUGCGGGCCAAGCACGACAUCGAGACCGCCAUGCACGUCAAGGAGAAGGAGGGGCUGCGGCAGAAGCUGCAGGAGGCCCAGGAGGAGGUGGCCGGGCUGCGGAAGAACUGGCGGGCCCAGCUGGAGAUGCAGGCCAGCCAGCACCGUCUGCAGCUGCAGGAGGCCCAGGACCAGCGCCGCGACGCCGAGCUGCGGGUGCACGAGCUGGAGAAGCUGGACGUGGAGUAUCGGGGCCAAGCGCAGGCCAUCGAGUUCCUCAAGGAGCAGAUCUCCCUGGCUGAGAAGAAGAUGCUGGACCACGAGCUGCUGCAGCGGUCGGAAGCCCAGAGCAAGCAGGAGGCCGAGAGGCUGCGGGAGAGGCUUCUGGUGGCCGAAAACAGACUGCAGGCCGUUGAGUCCCUGUGCUUGUCCCAGCACGGCAACAUGAUUGAGUCCAACGACAUUUCAGGGGAGAAGGUCAGGAUGAAGGAGACUAUAGAGGGCCUGCAGGACAAGCUGAACAAGAGGGACAAAGAGGUGACAGCCUUGAUGUCCCAGACCGAGAUGCUCAGGGCCCAAGUAAGUGCACUGGAGACAAAGUGCAAGACGGGAGAAAAGAAGGUGGAUGCCCUCCAGAAGGAGAAGCGGCGCUUGGAGGCAGAGCUGGAAGCCAUGUCCCGAAAGACCCACGACGCCUCAGGCCAGCUGGUCCUCAUCAGCCAGGAGCUGCUCCGGAAGGAGCGGAGCCUGAACGAACUUCGAGUGUUGCUGCUGGAGGCCAAUCGCCACUCACCGGGGCCCGAGAGGGACCUGAGUCGCGAGGUCCACAAGGCUGAGUGGCGGAUCAAGGAGCAGAAACUCAAAGAUGAUAUCCGGGGCCUGCGAGAAAAGCUGACCGGGCUGGACAAAGAGAAGUCCCUGUCGGACCAGAGGCGCUACUCCCUCAUUGACCCGUCCUCGGCGCCCGAGCUUGAACGGCUGCAGCACCAGCUGAUGAGCACAGAAGACGCGCUGCGGGACGCGCUGGACCAGGCUCAGCAGGUGGAGAAGCUCAUGGAGGCCAUGAGGAGCUGCCCAGACAAGUCCCAGGCCAUCAGCAAUUCCAGUUCUGCAAAUGGCAUCCAUCAGCAAGACAAGGGCCACAAACAAGAGGAAACUUCUGGGGGAAAAGAAAAACCCAAAAUAGAAGAUACUCUUAGAGAUGACCUGGAUUGACACUUUUAAGUGAUACCCUUCUUGAACUUUUCUGUGUGUGAGAAGCACUGACCCCGAGGGACACCGCGGAGCGGCCCGGUCCACCCCAGAACCCCUGCAGCCUGCGGCGCCCGGAACCCCGGCGGCGCCCCCUCCAGGCAGGGGCCAGGACUGUCACUUUGGAGACAAGAACAGUGUUUGUAACAAUAACGUGCCCACUGCCUCGGACAAUCCCCCACCCCCGACCCCCCUGCCGGACCAGGAGGCUUCCUCAAGCACGACCUUCCACAGAGAGCGGUACAGUCCUGGCCUGGUCCCCGGGACUUUCGGCCUGGACACCCUGGACCCCCCGGCAGUUUCUGGAGCUUGUUUGGGGGAGGCCGAGGUGACCUGGCCAGGCCCCCCCUCCCCAGAAGGAGCUGCCCUGAGGACCAUUUUGGCACCCCGGGCAUGUCUCUGCCCUCCCUUUUUUCUCCUCCUUCUCCCGGGUUCCCCUGAGACCCCAGAGAGCCAUUGUCCCGGGAAAGGGUCAGAGGAGGCCCCACUAGGCAUGGAGGAGGCCAGUCCAGUCCUCGGGAGCCAGGCGGGGACCCCCUUUUCUGCAGCCCCCAGGCUUCUUGUCCCCACAAACAGUGGUACAAACCCCCUCAGCCCCUCUGCCCAGCGAGGCCCAGGUUCAAGGUAUUGGGGGGGGACAAGGUCCUUCUCCCCCCCCCCCCCCCCCCCCCAGCACCCAACUCACACGUAGCUCCAAGCUGCUGGCCAGAGGGUUGCCACCAGGGCCAGGAGCCACAGUAUUAGGAAAGUUUGGACGCCCCUCCCCUCAUCCCCCACCACACCUGGCUUGGCGCUGGGGCCGGGGGGCUGCGGGGGAGCCCAGACCCAGGGCUCUAGGCAUGUUCUGACCGGUCAGCCAGGUGGUGUCCCCGGGGCGGACUAGCUGUUCCCCAAACCGGGCCUCUCACCGGCCGACACAGCCAGGCAGCCUCUGACCUAGACACGCCCCGACUUUGGCGUCCGCCCAGAGGUCCCGCACGCAUGCGCGGCCAUGGGGGCGGGGCAUUUGCAGCCAGAAGAUGCACACGCUCGGGUCUCGGGAUCGAGCCCCCGGCCCGGCAGUGCCGUGUCCUCACGCGCUGCGCACGUUCCUGCAGCCCAGCUGUGUGCAUAGACACCCAGGUACGCGUGGCUGAGUGUUCAGGCACAGGCGUGCCAGGCCCAUUCAUCAGAAGGCACUUACACCAACAGCCCCCUGCUUACCAGGCACCUGCCCAGAGCCCUGGAAGCCCUGUCCCCUGCAGCCAAGAGAAGAGCCCAAGGGACGUUGGAGAAAAGAUCUAACCACCUCUCCCCUCUGCCCCGAGAGCCCGGCGGAGUUACUCCAGGCCUGUGGGUGGUGGGAAAAGCCAGUAGAUCAACCUCUACAGCUGGAGGGCCCAUAGGUUACUGCCUUGUGCCUCAGCGUCCCCACAGGGGGCCUGCCUCCACCUCCCCUGUGUCAGGGAGAGUUUCACUCUGGGGCCCUCCCCUCGCAGGAGGUCAAGGAAGAAACCCCAUCGAGGCAUUUCCGAAGCGCACCAGGACGGGUAUGCCGUCUGCGCCCUGGGAGCAACCCGGGGGGCCUCCAUCCUUGCCCAAACGCAGCCCAUGGGGGGGCAGCCAGUUCGUCCCAUCGGCCCCCCACUUCCCCAUUGGCUUCUGGUAGCUCUCGCAUGCGGUUUUAUUAACAACAGUCUAGAAGCGAUGCUUUAGUGGCCUAACCCAGAGUUAAAUAUUACUCUCUCCAGCAAAAUCCGGCAGCUCGCCCCGCCUACAGGAGGCACUGAUUAGUCUACUAACAGCCAAAGGCCUGCACCAGGAGGGGCUGAGCCCCCAGGGUUGCUGGCAGGUGGUAAGAAGCCAUCUGCCUGUGAGCGUCUCCGCCUGCCCAGUGUGGGCUCAGCCGUGCCCCAUCCCCAAGCCCUCCCGCCCCCUUGUCCUCCCCAAAGUGGAAUUGUUGAAGUGUGGCGAGUCCGUGCUCGAGACAAUAAAGCUUGUGACUGACGUCCA